CGCCUCGGUCCCGCCGUAUUUCAUAUUUUUGCCCUAAACGCCAAACCGGAUAAAGCCUCAGCCUCGGCCUCUUUCCCUCUUUUAGAAUCUGGCAUUUGGGAUAUUCCAAUACCCACCAUCUCCUCCCUCCAUCCCUCCCUCUAGGGUUUGGCGCACGAAGCUCUCCUUCCACGACCGGAUCGGUGACGGGUUAGGGCCUUCGCCAUGGGAGUCCCAGCUUUCUACAGAUGGCUCGCGGAGAAGUACCCGAUGGUGGUGGUCGACGUCGUCGAGGAAGAGCCCGUCGUCAUCGACGGCGUCUCCAUCCCCGUCGACACCAGCCAGCCUAAUCCCAACAACAUCGAGUACGACAACCUGUACCUCGACAUGAACGGAAUCAUCCACCCCUGCUUCCACCCCGAGGACAGGCCUGCUCCGAUGACCUUCGACGAGGUGUUUCAAUGCAUGUUUGAUUACAUCGACCGGCUUUUUGUGAUGGUCCGGCCUCGUAAAUUGCUAUACAUGGCUAUUGAUGGUGUUGCCCCGAGGGCUAAGAUGAAUCAGCAACGUUCUAGGCGUUUCCGAGCAGCUAAAGAUGCAGCAGAUGCGGCAGCUGAAGAAGAACGGCUGAGGAUGGAGUUUGAAAGGGAAGGCCGAAAGCUUCCUCCUAAACAGGAAUCACAACUUAUUGAUUCUAAUGUCAUCACUCCAGGAACUGAAUUUAUGGCGGUUUUGUCGGUUGCGCUACAGUAUUACAUACAUCUUAGACUUAAUAAUGAUCCUGGAUGGAGAUCAAUCAAGGUUAUACUAUCCGAUGCUAAUGUUCCUGGUGAAGGGGAGCACAAAAUAAUGUCAUACAUUCGUCUUCAAAGAAAUCUUCCAGGCUAUGAUCCAAAUACGCGUCAUUGCCUGUAUGGUUUGGAUGCAGAUUUAAUUAUGCUUGCACUGGCCACCCAUGAAGUCCAUUUUUCAAUUCUUCGAGAGAUUGUUUUCACACCUGGGCAACAAGACAAGUGCUUCCUCUGUGGUCAGAUGGGUCAUUUGGCUGCAGAUUGUGAAGGAAAACCGAAGAAAAAGGCAGGAGAAUUCGAUGAGAAAGGAGAUGAUGCUGCUGUGUCAAAGAAACCAUUCCAGUUUUUGAACAUUUGGACCCUUCGGGAGUAUUUGGAGUACGAGAUGAGGAUUCCUCAAUCUCCAUUCGAAAUAGAUUUUGAACGCAUUGUUGAUGAUUUUAUCUUCAUGUGUUUCUUUGUGGGCAAUGAUUUCUUGCCUCACAUGCCAACCUUGGAGAUUCGCGAGGGUGCUAUUAAUUUGCUGUUGGCAGUAUACAAGAAAGAAUUUAGAGCAAUAGGUGGAUAUUUGACCAAUGCAAGCAAGCCCCACCUAGAUAGAGUUGAGCGGUUUAUUCAGGCCGUUGGAUCAUACGAAGAUAAAAUAUUUCAGAAGAGAGCGAGAUUGCAUCAGCGUCAAUCAGAGAGAAUAAAGCGUGAAAAGGCACAAAGGAGAAGAGGGGAUGAUGCGGCCCCUCAAGCUGAACCUGAGUUGCUGGUUCCAGUUGCUCGAUUUCAGGGUUCUCGUCUUGCUUCAGGUCCCACACCUGCCCCUUAUCAGAUGGCCGGCGCUGGGAGCAAAAGAAAAUGGGAUGAAGAGGGUAAUGAGAUCUUGAUUCGCCCCAAUAAGGCUUCAUGCUUGUCUUCAGGGGCCACAAUAGGUGCUGCAAUUGUUGAAGCUGAGAACGAACUUGAGAUUGAAGUGGAUGAAAAUGAUAAUAAGGAGGAACUGAAAAUAAAGCUAAAGGGGUUGCUCCGUGAGAAAAAUGAUGUUUUUAACUCAGAAAAUCCAGAAGAAGAUAAGAUCAAAUUGGGGGACCCAGGGUGGAAAGAAAGGUAUUAUGAGGAAAAAUUCUCUGCAAAAACUCCAGAAGAAAUUGAGACGAUACGAAGAGAUGUUGUCUUGAGAUACACGGAAGGAUUAUGUUGGGUCAUGCAAUAUUAUUAUGAAGGGGUUUGUUCCUGGCAAUGGUUUUAUCCAUAUCAUUAUGCUCCAUUUGCUUCUGAUCUCAAGGAUCUCGGUCAGCUGGACAUAAAAUUUGAAUUGGGAACUCCAUUCAAACCUUUCAAUCAGCUAUUAGGUGUUUUUCCUGCUGCUAGUGCCCAUGCCCUUCCUUUGGAGUAUAGAAAGCUCAUGACUGAUCCAAAUUCUCCAAUUAUUGAUUUUUAUCCAACUGAUUUUGAAGUCGACAUGAAUGGGAAACGCUAUUCUUGGCAGGGCAUUGCAAAGUUGCCUUUUAUAGAUGAAGUUCGUCUUCUUGAUGAGGUCGCAAAAAUUGAACAUACAUUGACGGAGGAGGAAGCACGAAGGAAUAGCAUGAUGUUCGAUAUGCUUUUUGUAUCAUCCUCACAUCCGCUCUCUGUAUGCAUUUAUUCUCUUGAUAAUCGCGUUAAACAGUUGAGUGAUGCUGCUCGAGCUGAGAUCAAGGAGCCAUUGAAACCUGAGUUGAGAGCUGCAUGCAGUGGUGGGAUGAACGGCUAUAUUUCUCCCUGUGCUGGAGACCCAUGCCCUCCCUUUUUCAGAUCUCCUGUUGCAGAUAUGGAGGAUAUAAUGAACAACGAAGUCUUAUGUGUGAUAUACAAACUUCCCGAUUCACAUAAGCACAUAGCCAGACCACCUGCAGGUGUUAUAUUUCCUAAGAAGAUGGUGCAAGCCGAAGAUAUAAAACCUGUAACCUCGCUCUGGCAUGAAGAUAAUAGGCGGAGGGACGACGGGAGGUUCCAAUAUGAUUCUCGGAGGAACCCAGUGGAGAAUUACCUUAGGCCCAAUCCGCCAGGGUCCAUAUCGGGCCUACAGCUUGGAGAGGCUGCCCAUCGGCUUGUUGCCAACAGCUUGCAACUUGGCAACAACAGUUUCUAUGCUAAUCGGAUGCACGUCCCUCCACCACAACAUUACCCUGUAAUCCAAUCAGUAACAAACUACCCGUACCAGGGGCAGUACGUUGCUCCUUCCGCUCCUCCAGGCAUGGCGUACCCUCCUCGAGGGCGUGACAAUGGGUAUGUUCCCCCCUACCCUUCGUCAGGUGCUCCAGCUUACUCUUACGGGAACGAGAGAAACCAUCAGCGCGGUUAUGAUGGUCCUGGAAAGAGACAUGGUGGUCCGCACUCAAACCAGCACAGUAACAACGGGUACCCAAGAUCUCAUCCUCCCCCAUACGGGGGUCCCCCGGGAAAUAACCCUCAACAGUGGCAACGAGGCAAUUGGAACCCCCCACGGGGCAAUUAUAAUAAUCGUGCCGGCCCGCCCCAAUCAAGCAACCCGUACUCCGCUCUGGACAGGAGAUCGGACAGGCGGGGGCCGCCACCGAGGCACAGCCAUUACCAGCGAUAGAAUUAUUUAGGUUAUUUUUUCUUCAACACUCGAGAGCAUAGAGCAUAGUAAUGCCCUCGAUUGAAGAGUGUUGUACAAUUGUUUCAGGUUUGAUUAGAUUAAUGUCCCCAGGAGCUGUAUGAUCGUCGUCAUCAACAUCGUAAUCUUAUUGCUUGUUUCCUUCCAUAUAUUGUCUGUAUAUCUUAUUCAUCGUGGAGCGAUGACAUAGAUACAGUUUAGAUCACCUUUUUUCAUCUAUCUUGGCAGCGAUUUUGUAUUUUGAAUUUGCAUAAAUUUUACUCAAAUCAGAUUCUUGUCUUCCUGGGA